AUGCCCAAAUGCAAAAAAUUGCUGAAUUUGCUCCUGGCUGCCAAAUGUGAAUUUUCACUCUUUUACCAGCCUCAUUCCAAAUAUACGAUUCGGCGCAUUUGGCGUGGGGGCGUUCCGAUUGGCACGCGGAGUGUGGAUGCGCUUGAUGACGACAGUUUCCGGCCAGACUCGACCUUCCGCCAGUCAUUCCGCCAGCCGCAGGUCGAAUCGUGGCAGCGCGGCAACGUCACAAGAUAUGGACAGAACCUUCAGCCGUGGGCCAACAGCUUCCGUGCGUCGCGAGGCAUUGUGCCCACCAUCAACGCCCUUGACCUUGAUGUGACCACCAAGACGACCCCCACCAACGCCGAGGCGUUUGCCACGGGUCUUCAAUUCUCCAAUCGCUUCUCCACCACCUCCAGCAGGCGCGCCCCCACCACUCUCUCCGAGGACGACAUUGCUAACAUCCACCGCGUCGUCGCGCCAGAGGCAGCGGAGGCGCUUGAGUCGUGGCUGCGCGCUGCGCCAGGCUUUGAGGGUGAAGUGAUCAAGCGGAUGCUCAGAGACGUCACCACCUCCCUCGAGACGCCGAGCCACACCGCUGAGGCACCCUCCUCCCCGCUCCCAGCCAGCACGUCCAAGACCACCACCUCCACCGCUGCCAGCAGCGACAAGGUUGGUUGCGUCGCGUCCUCCACCUCGCCGAGCGGGCGCACGCGCUCACGAACGCCAGACCCGGACGUCGUGUCCAAAUGGGGCGGGCCCGUCACAAGCGUCGUGUGAUUGCGUGAUGCACCACGCAUGGGGGCGUCAUGACAGGAGCCACCCUCGCGUACACCUGCUGUGCACUGGCUGCGCGCAACCAACGCACGCGCUUGCACAUGUCAACAUGCCCCCCCUCCACUCUCUUGUCUCUCUAUCGUCCCCCCUUUAUUGCUGUCUCUUUUUGUCAUUCAUUGUCGCCUUUUUGCCCUGUUGUGUUUUUCAUUAUGUUUAUGUGUUGCUUUUGUUCGCUGUGUAGUUCUCGCAAGUCGCCGUCAACUGGGGCGCAUGUGUGCGUGUGCGUGUGUGUGUGUGUGAUGCUUUGUCUGCAAGGUUGCAGCACCAUUAAGUGGACUUAUCAAUGAACGAAAGCAUGUGCG